AUGCAAGGAACUUUCACGAACAACGAGGCCGACUUCGGGGGAUUUCUGUACAAGGAGGUGCCGGGGAACGCCUCCUGCACGGGUGCGAGCGUCGCGCGGCACCGCGGUGUCGACGGGGGUGCCGUGUAUGCCGUCGAGGGCGCCAAGCUGGAAUGGGGGUGCCACCUGGUGAACAACUCUGCACUCGCGGGACCUGCCAUGUGA